AUGAUAGACAAUAAUUUUGAACUCACUAAAAUUUUGGGAAGGGGUGGAAGCUCCAAAGUUUUCCUUGCCACAGAUAAUGACCAGAAGCUUGUAGCCAUCAAGACAAUGAGAAGGGAUAAGAAAUAUUCACAAGCUGCAGCUGAAACACUUGUUAAGCGGGAAUCCGAGAUGUUAGAAAAUCUUGACGGACAUCCAAAUAUUAUUCGGUGACUAGGCUCAAGAGUCGAUGGGAAAUUAGUGGUAGGAGAUAAAUCUGAAGGCGUUAUGUACAACGUCCUAGAGUAUGCUGAAAAUGGAGCAUUUUCUGCAUACAUCAGGAGUACAGGCCCGAUUGAAGAAGAAAUCUCAAGGCUCUAUAUCGUCCAAAUUUGUAACGCAGUGAGCCAUAUGCACAGCCUUGGGUAUGCUCAUCUUGAUAUCAAAUUGGAGAAUGUCUUGCUUGAUAAAUAUUUUAAUGCAAAACUUGCGGAUCUUGGAUCAUGAAUAGAAGCAACUGAUGGAGAUACGAUGGUUGACCGGAGAAGAGGGACGUUACUUUAUAUGGCUCCUGAGGUAGCUAAUUUACAGCCAGGAGAAAAAUUCAGAGCACUUCCUGCAGAUAUAUACUCGCUCGGGAUUUCGAUAUAUGUAAUGAUUACAGGCGAAUUUCCCACUCCUCAGCAAAAGAAAAACAAUCUCUCCACUUCAGAUUUCGAUUCUUCUACAUCUUGAGAGGUAGAAAUGGAGCCAGAAGAACCUAAGUCAGGAUGGGACACCAUCUCACCAGAUUUAAAAGUUCUUCUUCAGGCAAUGAUUCAUCCCGAUCCCUGUAAAAGACCCUCAAUUUUCGAGAUUCUUUCAUACUCUUGGCUUGGUAGAGAAUUUAGCCCAGAGACGAUUGAGGAAGCUUAUCAAGAAAUGUCAAGCCGUAAGACUUACAUAAAGACCCUCUCUAACUCGCAUCAAUAA